AUGGCUAGUGAGGAUAGUUUUCUAGUGCUAGUACACCACAGAGGAUCGAUUAAGAGAAAAACUCAGUCUGGCGUGAAGUUCACUGAUAAGGAUCCUCUAUGUAUUAUCGUGAGCCCAACGACCAGCUACGAUGCUCUCGUUAGCUCCGUGCUGGUCAAGCUUGGUCUGGAAGGAGUGAAAAGGGUUAAGAAGUUUUUCUAUCGCAUUCCAAUCACGGUGCUCCAUGAUACGGUCAUGUUUCUUUCUCAUAGGCAGUUUCCCGAGGUGAGGACACCAGAGCUGUUGGCAAAGUUGGUUGACGUGGUAUCCAGCUCAGGUGGGUCGAACCGGAAUGCCAACAUUAUAGCCACGGUGGCCGGUUCGAGCUCGAGACCUGCGGUUGCUUCAUCGUCCGUUCCAGUGUAUGAGCCACCGAUCCAGCCUGCCGCCUCCCUAUCGUUCGCUGUUGAUCUCAGCGGCAAUGUUGGAGACGAGGUUGGAUAUGGGAAACAUCUUCCAACCGAAGUACAGUGUCCUACACCGGCUGGUGUUGGAGAGGGAUUGUUUGAUGAUCCAGAUGACGAUGAUGUCGAGCCGGAUAUGAUCGCUGAUGACAGCGGCUAUGAUGUUGGAGCGAGUGAUCCGAUAAGGGCUACAGGUGGAUCUAGUUCUGGCACACAGCAGUACCCACCCCAUUUUUCAUCGUUGGACCUGGAUGCCAUGAGGCAGGACGAAUAUCCUGGGCAGCUUGCUGGAUUUGGCGCUAGAGAUACGGAAGGGUCUGCCAGUAUGACAGAGUUCCAAGUUGGUCAACAAUUUCAGGAUAAAGAUGAGGCGCUGUUGAGUGUGAAGACGUACAGCAUCCGCUGA